CCUCAAUGAGAACCACUUCGCUCAAUAGAAGCGGAGCAAUUACACGUAUCAUUUUAUUCCAUACAGACAUACACACAUAAAACAUAGUGUCCAGUGAAAUUAUAGAAAACUAGCAGAUAGAAGCAUUUUACAUUAGUCUCAGAAGUCAGGAAAGACGUCGCAAAAAGUGUCUUUGAAGAGUAAAGUUGAGUACGAGAAUGGAAUCACAUGAGAAGGUGGUCGCCACACUGGAAAUGGCUGAACCCAAGAAACAGAUAAAAGACUUCGACGACCUCCUGCCCCUGGUGGGAGAAUUCGGCUGGUACCAGCGUCUUCUGUUCCUCAUGAUGAUACCCUACGCGUUCUUCUUCGCUUUCGUCUACUUCGGUCAGAUAUUUAUGACGCUGGUGCCUGAGCAGCAUUGGUGCUACGUCAAGGAGCUGCAGAACUUGACUGUGGAGCAAAGACGCCAUCUUUCCAUCCCCCGCCUUGACGACAAAUACCACAAAUGCCUUGUGUACGAUGUGGACUGGACGAAAGUAAUACAAGAUGGCGUCUCGGAGCCCGACACAAAAUGGCCGACCAAGAAAUGCGAGAAGCAAUGGGAGUACAACUUCACCGAUGUGCCUUAUGAGACUAUUGCCACGCAGCUGAACUGGGUGUGCGACGAAGACAACAAUGGGGCUACAGCUCAGUCCAUAUUCUUCUGCGGAGCGAUCGUCGGUGGUCUGCUUUUCGGAUGGAUCGCCGACAAGUAUGGACGUGUGCCAGCACUGGUCGGUACAAACAUGGUCGGUUUCAUAGCUGGCGUUGGGACAGCCUUCACCAAUUCUUUCUGGUCAUUCUGCCUGUGCCGGUUCCUGGUCGGCCUGGCGUAUGAUAACUGCUUCAUGGUCAUGUAUAUCGUCGUGAUAGAGUAUGUUGGGCUAAAAUGGCGCACAUUCGUUUCCAACAUGUCCAUAGCUGUCUACUUCACGUUCGCGGCCUGUCUGCUACCCUGGAUCGCUUUAGGAGUGGCCGACUGGCGCGUGUAUACCCUGGUCAUUAGCGUGCCUUUAGUGCUGGCUGUGUUCACACCCUGCUUGGUACCGGAGAGCGCCAGAUGGUUAAUAUCCCAAGGCCGUAUAGAGGAGUCGAUCAAAAUACUCCAGAAAUGUGGGAAAGUUAAUGGGAAGAAGUUACCGGACGAGAUAAUCAAGGAGUUCAGAGAGACCGCAGCAGAACUCGCAAAAUCCGAACAGGAGACCAAAAACUACUCAGCUCUGGACCUCUUCAAGACCCCCCGUCUCCGCAAGCACAGCGUACUCCUCGUGCUGAUCUGGUGCUGCACGGCCAUGGUCUUCGAUGGUCACGUCAGGAACGUGGGUUCUCUGGGACUGGAUAUGUUCUUGACGUUCACCGUCGCUACUGCCACUGAGUUCCCUGCUGAUGUUUUACUCAUUUCUGUGUUAGAUAUAAUGGGACGCCGUUGGCUCGCUUUCGGUUCCAUGGUGGUCAGUGGGAUUUUCAGUUUUCUGGCCACAACUGUAGCUCAAGGCAUACCAACGGCGUCCCUAGCCAUCGUGGGCCGCUUCGCCGUGAAUAUCGCAUACAAUAUCGGCAUGCAAUACGCAGCAGAGUUAUUACCCACAGUAGUGAGAGCGCAGGGCUUGGCUCUCAUACAUAUUGCUGGAUAUGUUGCUACUAUACUGGUUCCAUACAUUGUGUAUAUGGCAACUAUAGCCGUCUACAUCCCUCUCCUGAUCCUGGGCGCCCUGGGCAUCCUGGGCGGGACCCUGUGCCUGUUCCUGCCCGAGUCCAUGGGCAAGACCAUGCCGCAGACCAUACAGGAUGGCGAGGACUAUGGUCGCGACCAGAGGUUCUGGGAGUUUCCUUGCUGCGGAAGGAAAAAUCUGCCUAAUAAAGAAGACGUUGAGACAGUUAAGAAGUAUUAAACUAGCCUAGAUUGCUGUCAGUACCUAUACAGGGUGAUUUCGGGGUCAUGUGGCAAGAGAACAAGACAUCAUAUAGAAUUCAAAGAUGACCACAAUGAUGUUAAUUCUUGUUUAUCACCAAUAACGAGGAUUAUUUUUCAAACGACAAGUAGAAGAAAACAUUUUUGCAUACAAUUUGGUCACCCUACUCAGUGUGACGUCUUCUCGUUUUCCAAACAGCGUAGGUAUGUCAAAAGUCAUAGGGUGACCAUGAUUACUUAAUAUAAGAUAAAUUUUACUUGAAAAAUAAAACUAGAUCUAUUUUAAUCAAGUACUACCAUAUGAUAAUAUGGAUCACUUACAGAGUCAGAAAAAGUGAAUUUGGAUCACGAACCAGAAAUCACCCUGUAAAAAGUUCGUUUUUUAGAGUUCCGUGGUCAAAUGGCAAAAAACGGAACCCUUAUGGAUUCGUCAUGUCUGUAUAUUUAUCAUAAGUAAGUAGAAAAAAGGUAAACUAAAAUCAAUAUAAGUACAAUAAAAUCUUGAUGUGUCUUUUAAUUGAAAAACACUUUUGAAGAAUAAGUCACGGCAAAUAUUAUGAAUCAUAUUUUAGCUGGUCUAUUUUGUAUGGGAGAGUAAUUUUUUUUUCGCGAUUCGAGGUUGCUCCCAUAGUAAAAGUUGCUCAGUAUAAUCUCAAAACCUCCCUGGCAACGGGGAUGGGUCAAAUAGAAAACUGUGUUACGUCUUUUCUUUAGACAUACACAAGAGUUAAGAGCUAUAAAGGUUAAUUUUCUUAUUUAACCCUUAUCCACGAGAACUAGUGUGUUCGCGCGAACUGUACAUUUUUCUCUCCUGUGGACAAUAGUUAACAGCUUGUGGGCAUGUAAGUAAUAAUUUUAUCAUAGUUCUCUAAAUAAAAGGAGGACCUUUACACGUGGAUAAGGGUUAAAUAAGAAAAUUAACCUUUAUAGCCCUUAACUCUUGUGUAUGUCUACAGGAAAGACGUAACACAGUUUUCUGUUUGACCCUCUUAGAACAUUUAAGACCACCGUGUAUAACAUGUCAAAAUACAUCUUUAUUUGUAACACAAUACGUUUGAAUGAAUUGUAGCUCGCCAAGAAUUAAUAAUUCUUGAUUCUUUAAUAUAACUGACCAUGGGAGACCUAAUUUAUUUAGAAUAAGGUCCUUCUAAGAAUAAGUUUCAUAAAUUGUAAAUAAACUGUUUAAACCAGCGGUCGGCAACCUUUUAGCAGCCAAGGGCCACAUAGUAGUUAAUAUCAUCUCAGCCAUAAGACGUCCACUGCUGAACAUAGGCCUCCCCCUUGGACCUCCAUUCGUACCGGUUGGAAGCGACCCGCAUCCAGCGUCUUCCGGCGGCCUUAACAAGGUCGCUUUUGUUAAUAUGUGUGACUUUAUUAGACAUUGUUGUUUGACUAUAUUACAUACAAUAUAGCCAGGGGGCUCGCGGGCCGCAAGUGAGAGAUUCGCGGGCCGCAUGCCGCUGGUUUAACCUUUUAACCGCCAGCAAUUUUUGAUCGAGCUUGCUCGUGUCGCCACCGACAGUAAUUGUACCACGCAGAGUAAGGUUGGCAUAGUUACGGGAGUUAUAAAUGUGCUGUAAAAACCAAAUCAGAUCUUUGUCUUAUUUAUCAGACUGUGGCAAAAUGAGCUGGAUAUGUAAUGUCUUAUAUAUCAGACUCUGGCGGUUAAAGGGUUAAACAAUGGGACAGUUGAUAAAUAAAUAAAGAACUUUCAUGGUAA